CUCCUGCACGCUAUCCAAUCCCAUCCCAACGACUCGAUCCUUUCUCAACCCCGACAGAUCUUGUCUCAACCCCCCAACUAUCUCGACUCCCAUUCUGCCCUUGAGCAUCCACUGUCCCAAUUGUCGCAAUGGCAGGUCCUGGCGGUGGUCCAUCGAGACGCAGCCACACCAAGUCUCGCAAAGGCUGCAAGACCUGCAAGAAGAGGCACAUCCGCUGUGAUGAAACCUUCCCGCAAUGUCGGAAUUGCACCAAGCACCAGGUUCGCUGUGAUUACAUGGACAGCCCGACGGCAAUGAUCCCAGAGUCGCCAAAAUCCCCUCAACAUCCUAAUCUACUAUGGACCCCCGAGAUCGAUUCCAUGAUUGAACUGUGGCGCCAGACAGGCGAAUUCCCGUUCCCAGAGUUGAGAGUAUACCCCCAGCCGCAAUGGCGGGCUUUCCACAAGACAGAUCUUCGCCUCAUCCACCACCUUGCUUCCAUCUCUGCAGAAAUGUUCAGAAAUCGAACUUCAAAGUUCACCCUGUGGGCGGAUAUGCUGCCAAAAUUCCUAAGUAUUGCUGCAUCUCACCCCUCCGUAAUGCACUCCAUUCUUGCAUUCUCAGCAUCGCAUCUAGCGUGGAUCGGCAAAUCAAAUGAGACGCGCAGUUUAGCUUUCCACCACGCAGGCAUCGCCCUGAAAGGGUUGCAUGAUGGCAUCGCGAACUUCACGAAAGUGAAUUCAGACGCGGUGCUCGCGUCAUCCCUACUCCUUGCUUGGCAAGCUACGGACUGGAGAGGAUGGGCCUCAUUGGUGACCGGCACAAAAACCGUCAUCCAAGCAAUGCAGCAAUGGCGACAUGAAUCAAUCUUUGCAGAUUACAUCGCCGAACACAGUCCCAUGCCCAAUAAGAGUUUCAUGGAGCCCAUCACCUCUCAUAUCACCCAGGAAAUGCGUAGAGAUCACAUUCAUGUCCUCUCGGAUAUCCAAGACUCUCUGCAACGACUGCAACCAUAUCUCAGUCUUAAUCGGCAUGAGCAGGAAGGCAAAUGGGUUGAUCAGCUUCGGGGCUAUCUCGACCGGCUUAAAGCGGCCGGUACGGCCCAGACAGCGGAGGAGCAGUUCAGCCAGCUCUAUGCUCUCCGCAAAUGGUUGUUCUGGGUUCCCAUCACCCUUCUCCAUGCAAAGCGCGCCGACGCCACUGUUUUGGUUGUGCUUGCUCAUUUUUACGCGACUGCUUUGGCAUUGGAGCCCAUGUUUCCCGACAUUGGGGCAGUCUUUUGCGCCAACCUAUCUCUGGGACCUCUUGAAGAAAUCAGGGCCAUCGUACAGAGCUACCAGGACCCCAGCUACGAUGACCGCACGCAAUCUGUCUCCUACCUGAUCCAGUUCCCCAGCAGCAUCGCUGCGUCAUAUAAGAGCCGACGGGAGUGGGCGAGACAGCAGGCCGGCGAGCCAUCACCAGUGCAGCAGACGCCUUAUGGUCUGGAAACACUGAACCUGGACCCUCAGAACCAGAUCACUGCGCAAUACAGCUACGGACAAAGCUUGAGCCCCGCAUUCGCACCCUCACCGCUGAGCUUCUUCCCCACCUCAAGCCUUCCGUCGGGGCAGACGUCACCCUAUUUGGAAGUGCCUCGCACAACCGUCGAGCAACAAUACGUCAGUAGCAGCGCGCCAUACACGUCUCCGCUGGGGUCACCGGCAACGGCAUUGCCACCCUACCCGCCUAUGGAAGAGCACGUUUUCAAUUUCGGUAUGCCCAUGUACCACCCCAGCGGGGACUCAACGAUGAAACCUCAGCCUCUCCCCCAUCCUUCCAACACCUCAUCGCAGAUGAGACCAGGUCUUGGGAAAGCACCGGUUCUGCCCCCGCUUUCCACACAGGGUAGCGGCAGCAUUCCCUACCAAUACCAAUCGCUGCAGUUACCGCCGCUUCCGCUACCACAGUAUAGCGGCGCAUGAGAAGGCGUUGUUCGAACCAUUUUCCACUAUUUCCUUGACGACAUUCACGACUUCUUUUUUCGCCAUCUCGGGCGCUCGAUUUAUUUCACGUUUCCACUUUCCAAGAGCUCUAUACCUAUCACCAUGAUUGUUCUGUUUAUUUUUCUUUUUCCCUUUGUACGCCUCGCACGAUAUCCACAAACACGACAUGCGCACUCCGCACGGCGCUCGGUACGCCGGCGCGGCCGUCUGACAUCAGCAUUUCUGCUGAGGCCUUGCUGCAACGAAUGUCACACAUUUAUUUACACAUGUUUUGAAUUCCAUGUAUGUAACAACAUCGCUAUCUCGUGUCCGCGAACUGUUCUCUCGACGGUUUGUUAUCCGCUAGUCUAUGAAAUCAGUAUAUGAUGCCAUUUUUGAGAGUUUUGUCAUGUCUUGCUUUUGGUCUGCUUUUGGGGAGCCAGGGCUGGGUAACCCUAGGGGCCCCCCAGUAAGAUGCGGAGUUGGUCCUCUUUCCCAAGCUGAACGUGUACCCUCUCCAAAGAAGGGAGUGAUAAUUGAGAAUUUUCUUUUGCUCCCAUCCUUUCAAGGGUUUCAAAUUCGAUACAUCCAUGUUGAAGUUGGAGUCUAUUCUGUGAAUUCAAGUUCGACAAACGAUCACGGGACAUUGGGUACUGAACAGCUGUACCGGUAAACCUAUCGCUCAUAGAGAGACCUGCACACUUUUCGAUGAACAAUGCCUCACCCCCUCCAUGGUACCCAGUACGUGGAAUCCCAUUCAAUCUCCCGGCCCAGAUAAAUAUAGCGCAUCUACAAUGAUGUCUACGGGUGCUAUAAAGCAGGCACGUGCAUGGAAGCAAAGCACCACCCAGCCGGGCCGUAAUAUGUUCAACUCUGGUACCGAGCCUCAUAUACACCCAACUAACCUUCCCCCCUCC